UACAUAAAGUAAUAGUGCCAUAAUUUUUUAACAAAUUGUAAAGGUGGUGACGCUCAUUCCUGAGAAAUUCCCCUCACAUAAACAUCAGACCGAGGUCAUAACCAGUUUUUUUCUCACGACCUGAUUCCCGAGAAAUCUUUCAGUAAGUCGGGAAUGGCAUUGACAGUUAUAUUUACACACAACAUUCAUUCGACGGUUGACCUACCUGUGCAGUCCUUUCUGGUAAAAAAAAAUAUAUAGCAGUUGUGUUGUGAGCUGUAUGUUAGGCACUGUUCAACAUAAAAUUCUCCAGAGAGUUAGGAAUAUGGAAGAGGUAAUACUAUGGAAAAAAAUUAUUUCGAGGAGAAUGUUCAACAAUGCACGCACACCCACCAGCCCACCCACCUGCACCGUCCCACUCCCACUCACCCACACACACACAGAUAGACAUACACACAUUGACUAUGUUUAUUUUUCUCCUUUUUCAUUUCCUGAAGCAUGUGUAUACUUUUCUGUACCAACUUACAGUAUAAGUAAAGUUAUAAAAUACACUGUUGUCAGGAAGUCGCAGACGUGCUCACUGCCUCGCUGUUGAAGUAUUUCCCAGGAACUUGGGUUGUGCCUGCUUCUGUAUUUGCUGCCUACUCCAUAGAAAAAAGUGUUUCUGAAAAACUGAAACUGCGUGGGAAAAAUAAACAGUACAAACCUUGAAACCUUCGUAAAAGUGCCAAAGAAAUAAGAGGGAGUAUCCUAGUCCACUCGGUUGCCAAUGUUCACAUUUCUAGUCGCGGGCAUUAUUCACUUACAGUGAGAUAAAAACUAGACCUCAACCUGUCUUGAUGUGUAUUAAGGGGCGUGUGUGAUUAGCCUGAUAGUCUGCACGGAGAUGUAAGACAAUAAAAGUGGAGGCUUGGACAGGUGCAGUAACAACUGAUAAGAGUGCAGUGAUGGCUGUAUGCCGACAACGUGACGAACGUGUGUUGGUAUGAAUAUCACGUGACAUGGGGCGUGUGAGCAAGCCAGCGAGCGAGAAGUACUUCCUUUAAAAGAGAGACUCUUUCUGGACAACAUUUGUGUUUUUUAGGCUGGUGAUUUUACCGGAUUGUUGCUGAAACAGGUUAUAAACAGAUGAGAUCAUUGGGUCGUGAACUGCGUACAGAGUCUGAGUGGAUCGUUUAGUGACAGACAAGGUUAAAAAUGGGUUCACCACGAAGUGUCCAAGGCUGGACAAUUGUUUUAUUUGGCAAAACUGGGAAUGGCAAGAGCAGUGUGGGCAACAUCAUCCUGAGAACUUUGGACACCCGUGAAGUUUUCCCGAUCGCAAGCGGGUUGGCCAGCAAAACAGAAACGAUCACAGAGAUUUCUGCAGAAGGCACUAAGGUCGUCGACAUACCCGACUUCACCAACCUUGAAGUGGGUGGCGAUGACAUCAGACACGAAAUAAGGACUUUGAGCAGCAGUCUCACCCACACCCAGUACGCCGUGCUCUUGGCAGUUCGCUGUGAUGUUCGCUACACAAGAGAGGAAUAUGACAUUUAUAGAGAGUUCAAGACACUUUGGGGAAAAGACAUCUGUAGUCAUCUGAUUGUAGCUUUUACCUUUGGGGACAGACAAGACCAUAAUAAACUAGACAAAGAACUGGAGACUGUAAAUCCCGAGCUGAAAAGCUUGCUAAACGAUGCUGGACGGCAGUAUGUGCUUUUCAACGACAUGUGCGACUCAAAAGACAAGAAACUCCAGAUAGAAAACCUUUUGGAAAAAAUUGGAAAACUUCCCCGACAAAAGCAACGAGGGGUGAGUCCAGACCAGCCUGCUAGUGGUAUGAGGACAACUGAACAAAAUGUAGUCUUGGUCAGCACUGAAAAACACUGGUGUUGUUUUGUCUAAUUUUGUUCUGAAUGUCAUGCCUGCUAAUAAAUAGUAAACAAAUGUAACAAAGCUUUCUAUGUCUAAUUAGGUUACUCUGUUGUAAUAUUUCGACGGUAAAAUCACCUGAAGAUGGUACAUUUUUUAUUUAAAAGUAACAAGAGUACAAAUGAGUGAAAUCAAAUUAAAUAAGAGUAUUGUUUAUUUUUCCAAAAGUUUUAAUCUACGGAUUAGAGUUCCAUAUAGGGUUUGCAAAAAUUGAGAACCUUGUUAGACUGAUGAAUGAUGGGAAGGUAAACAGGUAGGAAGGAAAUUAUGACAUGUGUGACAUUGUUUAUCAUCGCAUUCUGUCUUCAUGUCAAUUGAUAUUUACUUGCCAUACGGCGGUGACUACCCGCCUCCUACACACCAACAGAGUUCUACCCCACAGAGUAGAUCUAAUCUUCCAUCGGAGCGGAAUUGAGGGUCAAAGUUGAAAUGUUUUAGCACAAAACAUCAAACCAGUGACGUCACACAUGUCCUCGAAUAUAAAUGUCCUAAUUAACAUAUGGUCCUAUCUGUCCUAUCUGCUGUAACUAUAGCAACACCAAUAUUUUCAUAAAUGUUUCAUAAACAUUUUCGCUGAUAGGCAUUGGAUGUAGACACAAGCUAAGCAGAAUGUAGACUCAUCGCCAUAAAUAUCAUGUCUUCUGUUAAAGCUCUAUGUGUAUGAUGAUGUCUACAUGCUUGUGUCUCCUUGUUGGAGGCAAUGUUAUUCACUCAAGCAGCUUAAUACAUGUACCUUGUAGCGAGCUCAACCCAGUCAUUUACAGUAGUUAGCACUCCACUAACCCUUUAUAUUGGAAAUGGGAUGAUAUAUUUUUAUAAACAAAUAGAAACAGAAAGAACAUUACAGCCUUACAGUUUUUAUUGCUUUUUUCUUUUUUCGUUGCUUUUGUUUGCCAGUGAAACAUUUUUGAUGUUAAGAGAUUUGCUUUCUUUAAAAGAUUCCUGAUUUUUUCCAUUUUCCACAAAAGGUGAAGCUUCCAUUAAUAGAAAAUGAAACAGCAACUCUUUGUAUUAACUUUGGCAAACCUGAAUAUAAUUGAGCUGUAUAGUUUUAUCGCCAUUUAUAUGAAAGAUCUGAUUCUGUCAUGGUUCCUUAGGUUGAUCAGCAAAUCUCAUUGUUGAUGUAAGACAUCGUUUUCCAAAGAAAAAUUGUGUAAAUAAAUCUACUGUAUUCAA